CGUAGAUCAGUGGGUCAUUCGUUUGGUUCUUCCACGACAUACUACAUACGAAAAGCACCACGCGGUUUGCUGGCUGCAGCCUGUAGGUCGGCAUCUGACGCCGCACUCUGACUCAAGGCCCCCGAGUGGGUUCAAAAUUUUGCCAUCGAGGGUCUGUUGUGGAGGUGGACUCCGGGGUUGUUUAUGACGCUAUAUAUUUGCUGGGGCCCCUCAUUGAGUGGACGGGUUUUCCGACACCAAGUCUGAUCCAAAGGGGUUUGUACAACCUGAACCCAUUAACAGCCAUGUCGUCGACAGAAGUCAAAGCAGAAGCGUCUAACGAUGAUGACUUUGGUGUUCAUAGGUCAGCCUCUGGCGAUGAGGAAAAAAAUCAGUUGAGAGAGCCUGCAUUGGUCCCGACUCCUGACGGUCAAACCGUUCGCGGCCUCAAGAGUCGCCACAUUCAAUUUCUGGCAUUGGGUGGCGCCAUUGGCACCGGCCUAUUUGUCGGAUCUGGAGCGAUUCUCAGCGUCGUGGGACCGGCACCUUUGUUCAUGGCAUACCUCAGCAAUAUGUUGAUCGUCUGGAUCGUGAUGAACAUCCUAGCGGAGAUAACGGUUUAUUUGCCCAUGAAGGGUAUCACCAUCCCAUACUUUGUCGGUCGAUUUGUGGAUCCAAGCUUGGGGUUCGCCGCCGGUUGGAAUUACUGGUACGCGUAUGCCAUUCUGGUGGCGGCUGAAGCAUCGGCCGGGUCCAUUCUACUCAGUUAUUGGGCUCCCAACGUCAACGUCGCCGUGUGGAUCACCAUCUUUCUCCUCAUCGUUCUGGGGCUCAACAUUAUCGCUGUCGCCUUUUUUGGAGAGGCCGAGUUCUGGUUUGCGUCGAUUAAACUCCUCACCAUUAUCGGUCUGAUCAUUAUCGGUUGGGUGUUGUUCUUCGGUGGUGGCCCCAAUCACGAUCGUCUGGGAUUUCGGUACUGGAAAAGUCCGGGGGCUUUCAAAGAAUAUCUCGUGCCUGGUGCUACAGGCCGGUUCCUCGCCUAUUGGACAGCAUUUGUGCGAGCUGGCUUUGCCUUCAUCACUGCCCCAGAACUGAUCGCUCUGGCGGCAGGUGAAACCAUUGCACCACGACGCAACAUCCCCAAGGCGGCCAGACGAUUCGUCUGGCGACUCCUUCUCUUCUAUGGAAUGGGCAGCUUCAUCAUCGGCGUGAUCGUCUCGUCGGAUAACCCACGACUGCUGUCGCCGGACUCAGACGCCAGUGCCAGUCCCUUCGUCAUCGGGAUUCAGGAAGCCGGCAUCAGUGGACUCAACCAUGUCAUCAACGCCGCGAUUCUGACUUCAGCGUGGUCCGCAGGAAACGCGUUCCUGUACUCUGGCUCGCGAAUUCUAUAUGGCCUGUCUCUGACGGGCCAAGCACCCAAAAUCUUCAGCAGGACCAACCGACGGGGAAUUCCUUGGGUCGCGGUGCUGGGCACUUGGGCGCCGGGCUUGCUCGCAUAUCUCAACGUGUCAAAUGGCGGGGCCACGGUCUUCAACUGGUUUGUCAACAUUAGCACCAUCUCAGGCUACAUCGCCUGGAUCAUCUGUCUGAUCAUGUAUGUCCGAUUCCACAAGGCCAUGCGCCUGCAUAACAUGCUGGAUGCAUUACCUUUCCGGACUCCGUUCCAGCCGUACGCGUCUUACGCUGUCCUGUUUGUCCUGUCCAUUCUCACCUUGACCAAUGGCUUUCAGGUCUUCUUCCCAGAAAACUGGUCCGUCUCGAACUUUCUGGCCGCAUACAUCACCUUACCUAUCGUUUUGGCGUUGUACCUUGGCCACAAGCUGUGGUUUCGGACUGGUUUCGCCAUCAAAAUCGAAAAUAUCGAUGUCAUUAGUGGAAAGAGGGAGAUGGACGAGCUGUGUGCUUUAGACGAGGCUCCUGUGCCUAAGAACUGGCUGCAGAGAAUCUGGUUUUGGAUUGCAUAGAAGAAUGUGCAGGGAUUGAAUCUAAGGCAUCAACCAAGGAGCAUAUCAGCGAAUUCCUCUUUAGACCGGGCGUCUUCACAGUGAAUCAUGUGGCCUUGUUGAGGCGUGACGUUUCAUCUGGCUUCCCGGGGCUAAAUUAAGAAUUGCUUUAGUCUGACGUUAGCAUUGCCACGAUCCUCUCCACUAGGUGGUCAACUAGCGCCUAACACAGGAUGUCACGCAACCCUAUCUG